CAACCAAACAACCAAGCAAGCAACAAAAGAUUAGAGAAGCUCUGUAUUUCACAAAUUCCAUAUUCCUCUGAACUCAAAAGACAAAACCAAAUCGAUGACGACAAAACCAGCCUCUUUGUUUGUCGCCAACGCAGCCAUGGAAAAGUCCUUCAAAGCUACCAGCUUUAUCCCCCCUUUCUCUCUCUCUCUCUCUCUCUCUCCACUUGGUGACAGAACCCCACAUCACACCCAUUUGAGGUCUGAGUGAGCUUCCAUGGAUUAGAGCAGCUGCAGCUUCACCCAUCGAGGAAGCUUCCCGUGGAUAUUAACUUUCUGGGUUUUCUUUCUAUUUGAAAACCCUGUACGGAACUUGGAUUUUGUUUCACACAAACUUCCUCUCUGCUUUGGCGUGUUUUCGCAUCAUUAAUUAAAAAGAAAAUGGCACAAGAGGACGGGUCACCUGUAACUUCAUCAGCCAUGUACUUUCCUGGUUUAGGAUCACCAUACCCUUGGCUUUCCCCUGGUAUAGGGUCUCCAUACCCUUGGCUGAGGGAGCUAAAAUCUGAAGAGAGAGGUUUAUGUCUGAUCCAACUUCUCCAAGGCUGUGCUCAUCAUGUUGCUUCUGGUAGUAUUGAGCAGGCAAAUGUUUGGCUAGAGCAGAUUUCUCAGCUCGCCUCUGCCGGUGGAGAUACAAUGCAGCGAAUAGCGGCUUAUUUCACUGAGGCACUUGCAGAUCGAAUGCUGAAAGGUCUGCCUGGUCUGUAUAAGGCACUUAACUCGACAAAACUAUCUUCAAUCGCAGAAGAAAUUCACAUUAAAAGGCUUUUCUUUGAGCUCUGUCCUUUCUUAAAGCUUUCAUAUGUGAUCACAAAUCAAGCCAUAAUAGAAGCCAUGGAGGGGGAGAAGAUGGUUCAUAUUAUUGAUCUUCAUUCGUUUGAGCCUGCUCAGUGGAUCAAUCUGAUACAGAUAUUAAAUGCAAGACCUGAAGGUCCACCUCAUCUAAGAAUCACAGGCAUCCAUGAACAGAAGGAAGUGUUGGACCAAAUGGCUGCCAGGUUGAUAGAAGAAGCUGAAAAACAUGACAUCCCCUUUCAGUUCAAUCCUAUAGUGAGCAAGUUAGAGAAUCUUGAUGUCGAAAGUUUACGUGUUAAGACUGGAGAGGCUCUUGCAGUUUGCUCUGUACUCCAGCUGCAUUCACUCUUAGCAACUGAUGACGAUAUGACCAGAAGAAAAUCUCCAUUAGCAACAAAGAACCUGCAAAAAGUCAUGCAUAUCAAUCAACUCACUUUAGGUGAGUGGUUGGAGAAAGAUCCAAUUAGUGCAUAUAGUCUGAGUCCGGAUUCUUCUUUAUCCCCGCUAUCUUUAGGUGCUUCCCCAAAGAUGGGGAGUUUUUUAACUGCUCUUUGGGGCCUAUCCCCGAAAUUAAUGGUGAUAACUGAGCAGGAGUCGAACCACAAUGGCCAUACACUGAUGGAUAGGCUCAUGGAAGCACUGCACUAUUAUGCAGCACUUUUUGAUUGCUUGGAGUCUACAGUAUCAAGGGCAUCACUUGAGCGGCAAAAGGUUGAGAAAAUGCUUUUUGGGGAGGAAAUAAAAAACAUCAUAUCAUGUGAAGGAACUGACCGAAAGGAGAGGCAUGAGAAGCUUGAGAAGUGGAUUUUAAGGCUAGAGUUGUCAGGCUUUGGGAGGGUGCAGUUGAGCUACCAUGGAAGGAUGCAGGCGAAGAAAAUGUUGCGUGACUAUGGCUACGAUGGCUAUGAGAUUAAAGAAGACAAUGGAUGUUUGGUUAUUUGCUGGCAUGACAGACCACUUUUUUCGGUGUCAGCCUGGAGAUUCCGGAGGUACGAGUGAAGGUUGAUGGACUUGUGGAGAUCGAAUGCUUUUUUUUCUCUUUAUUUUUUCUUUCUUAUUGUAAAGGAUUGUAAUCAUAUCUACCUCUGCAAACUGCAGAGUAAAUCCUCCAAAGGUUUCGCAGAACUGUUCUCUGUGGGAGAACAUGUUUCUGUGUUCUAAUCUUUUUUUCCUUGUUAAUUAGUUAUUAAUUUGUAUGCUAGUUUAGAUCUUCUAUAUACACACUGAUGUUCCACCUCUG